GAUGUACCUUUGAAACGUCUCUCUAUCCCCUUUCUGAUCCGAUUCCUCUGACCUAAUUCACCAAAACCCCAAAACCAUUUUUAGAACCAAUCCAACCAAUCUCAAUUUAAAAACCCAAUUUUUUUUUUCUUCUAUGAAUCCAUGGAAAUCACAGAAGAACAAAGGAAGAGAGCAGAAGCGAAUCGAUUAGCUGCUCUUGAGAAGCGUAAAGCUUUAUCAUCAAUCAGAGAAGAUGCAUUUAGGUUAUACAAGUGCCAGAAACCAAAUGCCUUACCAAAACCCCCUGAAAGAUUUCAGGUCAGACUUGAAAUUUGUUCUCCUGAUUCAUUUGCCAUCACGCCUGAACCGCUGCAGAACUUGACUUAUCCAGGGCAAGCUGAGUGCUUAAGGAGACUCGGUGAUUUGCUUGCAUUUGUCAUGCCGUCACAUUAUACUCAAAACCAUAGUGGAGGAAAGGCUUCUGUUUAUAAGCUAGGGGAUUAUGAAAUGGUGUUGAAAUGUUUAAAGAAGUCUAAAGGAAUUGAAUUGCAAGAGAUUCCGUAUACAACCCUUAGUGUUAUGCAGAAAUUUCUUGAUUAUUGCGUUCCGGGGCGAUGGAUACCUUGUAUGCCAGGACAUUUGUCCGAUGAUGAAGUUGAUGGGUUGAUUGCCAAACUGCCUAGAGUCUUAUACGAAGCUCUUCUACCAUUUCAAGUUGAUGGUGUAAGGUUUGGUUUGCGAAGAGGUGGACGCUGUCUCAUAGCAGAUGAAAUGGGGCUGGGGAAAACACUACAGGCAAUUGCAAUUGCAUGCUGUUUUAUAGAUGAAGGCCCUAUUCUUGUUGUGUGUCCAGCUAUUUUGCGAUUCUCAUGGGCAGAAGAACUAGAGCGCUGGCUUCCUUUUUUUUCACCGACUGAUAUCCAUCUUGUCUUUGGUCAUCAAGAUAAUCCUGUUCGUUUACAAAGAUUUCCGAGGAUCGUUGUUAUUUCAUAUAGAAUGCUUAACAUUCUGCGGAAGAGUAUCCUAGAACAAGAAUGGUCUCUUCUGAUUAUUGAUGAAUCUCAUCAUCUACGGUCUUCUAAAAAGACACCAGAACCGUACGAGAUACAAGCUGCUCUCGAUGUCGCAAUGAAAGUCAAACGCAAUGUUCUGCUCUCUGGCACGCCUUCUCUGUCUAGGCCCUUCGACAUUUUUAACCAAAUAAAUAUAUUGUGGCCUUGUUUAUUGGGGAAGGACAAAUAUGAUUUUGCAAAGAAAUACUGUGCUGUAAAAUCUCGUUAUGAUCCUCAAGGAAAGAUUUUCCAGGAUUAUUCGCAAGGUAUUCGCUUGGAGGAGUUAAAUGUGCUACUAAAGCAAACUGUCAUGAUAAGGCGUUUGAAGGAGCAUUUGUUGCUACAAUUACCUCCCAAACGUCGGCAAGUCAUCAGAUUGAAGUUGAGCAGAACUGAUAUCGACUCAGCAUUUGUUGCUACAAGGAGGGAUAGCAUCAGUUCCACGGAAAUUGAUCAACAAAAUGAUCCUGUGAAUGAUUGCACUUCUGAAACUGAUGAUGAAGAAGAAGAGCCUCCAGAGAUAUCCAGUGACUACAGUGAUAAAAAAGAUCGUCAUAAGAGUUCAAGGUUGCUUUCUAAUCAGCAACUUGGAAUCGCAAAGCUUUCUGGGUUCUGCGAAUGGCUUUCUAUCCAUCCCAUUGUUGCAGAGUCUGACAGCUCAACAGAUAUAGAUGUUAAUACUGGUUCUCAGAAAAUGUUAAUUUUUGCUCAUCACUUGAAGGUGCUUGACGGAGCACAGGAGAUCGUAUGUGAGAAAGGAAUUGGAUUUGUGAGGAUUGAUGGGCACACACUUGCUAGAGAUAGACAAACAGCUGUACAAGCAUUCAGAUCAUCAGCAGAGGUUAAGGUUGCAAUAAUUGGAAUUACUGCUGGAGGAGUUGGGCUAGAUUUUUCAUCAGCAAGAAAUGUUAUCUUCUUGGAGCUGCCUAUGACCUCAUCGGAUAUGCUUCAGGCUGAGGAUAGAGCUCAUAGACGAGGGCAAACCAAUGCAGUCAACAUAUACAUAUUUUGCGCGAAGGAUACGUCAGAUGAAUCACAUUGGAAAAAUCUAAACAAGACUCUGUGCAGGGUUUCAUCUGUUAUGAAUGGGAAGUAUGAUUCCGUUCAAGAAAUUGAGGUGCAUAGAUUUUCUGAUCUAGAUUUUGAAUCAGAUGUUGCUCGAUUUGAUUACUUAGACGGAAAUGAUGCUGAAGAUUCAUAUACUAGAUCAUGUCCGAACCUUGUUUCUGAAGUCACUAGUGAAAAUGGAUCAAGCGAGAACCAUAAUUGCGAUGAACUAUUUAAAGUUGACCAUUCAAUCUCUCGUGAGACUGCUGUAAGCUGGGCAAGGCAACCUGUUGGAAUGAAUGAAGAUGCAUCUGAGAAGACCAAGUAUACAUUAAAUAAGUGCGCCAAAGACAAUAGAAAUAGUUCAAAGCAAUCAUGUUCUCCCACUGUUGAGAUGGUACAACCUAUAUCUGAAGCUAUGCACACUGGAAUUCUGGAAACAAAUUUUGUUUGUAAAAUGGACAACACAAUCGUAAAAGUGGACGGAUUAGAAGCCGUCGCAGUUGAAGGGAUAUCAGACCGUAGUGCAGAGACAACCAUUUUUGAAUGUUCUAAGGUGCAAGAACAAAUGGAAGCCAGCAAAUCACACAAGGAGACAUCUGAAAGCGAUGAAGAUGAACCAGCCGCAUUGGCUAAUGCGGAUGAAUGUUAUUCUCUCCAAGCAGGAGAUCUGAGGUUCGAGAUAAGCCAAUAUACUGGAAGGAUCCAUCUGUACACUUGCAUUCCCGAAAAGGAUUCUCGACCAAGGCUAUUGUGCAAAAAUUUCCGCCCAGAGGAAAUAGAUUCACUGAACUUUUCUGCUGCUGAUAUAAACAAGAAAACAGAUGGAAAGUUUAUGAUGGAAAACGAAGCAUGUCAGAAUAUUCUUCAGGCAUUCAUGAAGGAGUGGAAUGGUCUAAGACCCGUCGAUCAAAAGAAAUUGCUUGGGAAGCCCCUGCAACUUCCUUUAACUUCUGAGCUGUGGUAUCUUAAAGAAAGCAUUAACCAUGGAAGUGAGGGUCUGCUGAAAGGUGGAAGUAAACAACGUAAUACACCUUUGAGUGAAAUAAGCCAGCCACUGCCAGCAAAUGCUUCGUGGAAGAAGAUUUCUUUAUGUAGGGGCCGCAAAAAAGAGAAAGAGUACACACAGGGGUGGACUGUUACGGGUGAACCACUUUGUAAACUAUGUCAGAAACCUUGCAAGGGGAAACUUUCAAAGACACCUGAAUAUUUUGAAGAUUUGUUCUGUGAAAUGGCAUGCUUUCAAGAAUAUCGCGUAAGAACUAGCCAAGGAUCACUACGGGAGGAACUUUUUAAAAUGGAACAUGGUGUCUGUGUUGCUUGCAAGUUGGACUGCCAUGAACUUGUAAAUUACAUAAAGCCAUUGAGAUCUGUUGCACGGCGAAGAGAACAUGUGGAGAAGGUAGCUCCAAAUUUGGCAAGAAGUAAGAAACUACUUGAUAAACUUAUCAAUUACCCAAGAGAAGGCAAUGCAUGGCAUGCAGACCACAUAAUACCUGUUUACCGAGGAGGAGGGGAGUGUAAUCUUGAUAACAUGAGGACUUUAUGUGUGGCUUGUCAUUCGGACGUUACCAAAGCUCAAUCAAAAGAACGUCGCUUAAGGAACAUGAGGGCUAAAGAUCGAGUCAGAGAUAUCUUAAAAGGCCUCAAAGUUGGUAGUAGCAUGGAGCAUGCUAAUCAUAAUUCAAAGGAACAAGGUGACAUGGAAACAAGAGACAAGGAAGAUGAAGAUGAUUUAUUAAUGGUUGACGUGCCUGGUAGUGAUUAUUCUCGGGCGACAGACACUGUUACAGUAAACAAAGGAGAAAAUUGAGAUAAAGCUGAGUAAAAAUCUUGAUGUAUCACACCAUUAUUUAUAAACUUCUUCCAUUUUGUAUAUUUUUUUUGCUUUGUUUGAGUUGCAAAGUAGCAGUUGAUAGGAGCCCUUACAACGGGAAUAUGUAGUAUGAUUUGUAAUUCAUUGUCAUAUUCAUAUAGUGAAAUCGGUUACAAAGUUUUUCAGAAUGAAAUGUGAAUCAUGCCAUGAAAGGCA